AAUGUUCCUAAAGAAAAUGUCGAAAGAUAGUGCUACACAAACCUUAUAAAUAAGGGCUUGAAUUUCUGAAGCAAGACGUGCAAAAUUCUUGUAUUGUUUUUAUAGAGCAGCUCAAUUUCCUUACAGAUUUUUUCUUAUUCACAAGAAGCAAGAUAAGAGUAGAAGGCAUAGAUAUGGCCGAGCAAUCAUUCGAUCUGAAGAUAGUUGAUGGACUGAAGAACGGAGGAAAAGAAGAAAAGGGCGAUGAGACAAGAAUUGAGAAGUUUAAUGCUGAGUCAGAAGGGCUAGAGCACGAAGCUUUUGAUCCAGUUCAAAGGAUUAAAGAUGGGUUUCAUUACUUCUUGAGACACACAUAUGACCCUACGGUCGCAAAUGGCCAACAUCCCAAGUUUCUGGUUUUUGCAUGCUCGGACUCUCGAGUUAGCCCCUCUGUUGUCCUGAACUUUCAACCUGGUGAAGCCUUUAUGGUCCGAAAUAUUGCUAACUUAGUUCCUGCAUUUAACCAGCUAAGGUAUUCUGGAACUGGAGCAGCAAUUGAAUAUGCCGUGAAAGUAUUACAGGUAGAGAACAUCCUGGUUAUUGGGCAUAGCAAAUGUGGUGGGAUAGAGACACUUAUGACGCUUCCAGUGGAUGGUUCUACUUCCCACGACUUCAUUGAUGAUUGGGUCAAAAUUGGUUUACCUGCCAAGGCCAAGGUAUUGGCAGAGCAUCCCGAUAUGAAGGUCGAAGAGCAAUGCCGAAUUUGUGAAAGGGAGGCAGUGAAUUUAUCACUUGUAAACAUACAAAGUUACCCAUAUGUUAGGGCGGCAAUGGCAGACAAGAAAAUUGCACUAAGAGGUGGCUACUACAACUUUGUAGAUGGAUCUUUUGAGCUUUGGAAAAUCGAGUACCGCAUCACUCAUCCUACUCCUAUAUGAGGAAGCAAUUUAAGAUUUGUUUGUUUCCUUUGCUCUUUUACCGUUAAAGGCAUGUGCCUUUUGCCUUACGUGUGUUUUGCAAUAAUGAAGUGUAAGUUUGUAUUAUGGGGUUGUUGAGAAACUAUUAUAGUGUUUCUUACAAUAAUGAAAUGUAAGUUUGUACUCUAUCACGAUAAAUAAACAUUCCACAGUUUCCAAUGGUA